UACUUGAACGCAUCAUUCAGCAUGUGAUCCAUUCGUUACAACUACCACAACAAGCUCUGAGCACUGAACUGAUUGAAUGGGAAAUCAAACACUCCUUGAAAAUGAAUUUUGUUGCAAUCAUUCUAACCCUCCUGGGUGUUAUGGCAGGGGUGCAAGAGAGUCUGCCGAGCCGUUAUUUUAAGUCUAAAGGACACCAUGGACGUAAAGCAGAAAAUGAACCUCCUUUUACAGAGAAAUAUUUCUCUCAGAUUGUGGACCACUUUAACUUCAACAGUAUGGGCAACGGGACGUUUAACCAGCGUUACCUCAUAACAGAGAAGUACUGGGAUAGGAAAAAUGGCCCUAUAUUCUUCUACACGGGCAACGAGGGAGACAUCUGGGACUUCGCUCUGAAUUCAGGAUUCAUCACUGAGUUGGCCGAACAGCAGAGAGCCCUGGUCAUAUUUGCUGAACAUAGGUACUACGGCAAGUCCCUACCGUUCGGCCAGGAGUCGUUCAACAUCCCCCAGGUGGGGCUGCUGACAGUGGAGCAAGCACUGGCUGACUUCGCCCUCUUGAUCUCCCAGUUGAAACAGGAGCUGGGGGCCUCAAACUGCCCGGUCAUUGUGUUUGGUGGCAGCUACGGAGGCAUGCUGUCGGCCUACAUGAGGCAGCGGUACCCCAACCUGGUGGCCGGGGCCCUGGCGGCCAGCGCCCCGGUCCUGUCCACAGCCGGGAUGGGAGACCCCCGGCAGUUCUUCAGAGACGUCACAUCCGACUUUGAGGGCUAUGCCCCAGAAUGCAGUGCGGCAGUGAGGGGAGCAUUUCAGCGUGUGCAGGACCUGGCAGAGCACCAGGCCUACGAUCGCCUGCAGUCUGCCUUCGCCCUGUGCAAGAAGCCAUCGUCACCAGGAGACGUCAGGCAACUGAAAGGCUUCCUGAGGAACGCCUUCACCCUUCUAGCCAUGCUGGACUACCCCUACAGCACCCACUUCUGGGGGGACAUGCCCGCCCACCCUGUUAAGGUGGCGUGCGAGGCGAUGCUCAGUGGACCCGACCUGCUGGCUAACCUCAGGAACACCUCAGGCAUCGUAUACAACUCUACGGGGGAGCAGACCUGCUUUGACCUGUACAGUCUGUAUGUGGAGUGUGCUGACCCCACCGGCUGUGGCCUGGGGUCAAACAGCCUGGCCUGGGACUACCAGGCGUGCACAGAGAUCGAGCUGUGCUACGAGAGCAACAACGUGACCGACAUGUUCCCGGCCAUGACGUUCACCCCAGCGGAGCGGCUGGCCUACUGCUCCAGGCGUUGGGGCGUCACCCCGCGACCGGGCUGGCUCCGGACCCAGUACUGGGGAGACGCCCUGUCUACAGCCAGCAACAUAAUCUACUCCAACGGAGAUCUGGACCCUUGGGCCAAUGGAGGGGUGCGGACGUCUCUUGGCCCCUCAGUGGUGGCCAUCAACAUAACAGACGGAGCUCACCACUUGGAUCUGAGAGGAUCAAACGACGCUGAUCCAGCGUCCGUUAUCAGCGCCAGGAAGACUGAAGCUAACCUCAUCGCUCAGUGGGUGGCAAUGGAAAGGUUGAGGUUGAAAUGAAAUGUAAUGAAAUAUCCAAAGUGUGCAAUAAAAUCUUUUUUUAAUCUCAUUUCUCUUAAUCAAAGCAGAUAAACCGGUCUGUAAACAAGGUGACAAUUAAACAUUGUUGUGUUCAUGGCAGUCGAUGUUCAAGUGAACCAACACAAAAUGGAGAUCUCCGUGAAAGCACAGCCCUUGAGAUUGGAAUAAAGAUGAACUACACACUCAACAUUGAGUUGGCUACCAUCUGGAGAGGUUAACAAAACAGCUAGUCAGAUUUAGUGCUCUUUGAAUGUAAACAUCAAAAUACUCUCAAAACAAAAUUCCAAUAUUAGGAUUCACUCAAAUUUGACAUUGCAACAACAUUUGUUUUUUUAAUUUAUAAAAGAUUAUGCAUAUAAACAAUUAUUAAACGCAAAGAGAAAACCCAAACUACUUCCGAUUGACCUUUGGUAGAGCAGUAGUAGCACCAAAUUAAGUUUUUGGUAACUAGGUUGUGAAAUUUUUUGACCUGUAGAUGGUAGCAAACUCUAAAAGAUGUGGUCUCAUGUAGUUGAGCUUUAAACCUAUUUUUGGAACAGACCAAGCUACGAUUUCUGGACCCGAAGUGAAUUCAAGGUAAUAAAGAUACACAGGAGUUGUUAAAGCACAUUUGGAGCCACUUUUUGGCAUGUAGUUCGAGCAACACAAUCAACAAAACCUUUAAAAUAUGCCUUCCAUUAGGCAGUUUGUACAUGUCAUGACUACUUUACCUGUACUCAUUUCAUAGUGAUUUCAAAAGGCUUUCAUAAUAAAUACCUGAACAUUGUUCAU